GGCGGCGCACAGAUAGAACUGAAAAUAGAUGCCCUAACCCCUGAAGAGACUAACAAACCCGGAGCAGACUGCUGUCAUGAAUUUCAAAGAUCUGGUGAAGUGGAACAAGAGAGUGUCUGCAGUCUACGCUGUUGGUAUCUGGACCAUGGUCGGUUCUUACGCAUACGUCACGUACUCGGGUCGAUUUGACACGCCAGUGAAAAAAAGAGAAGAGGUUGAAGAGCCAGAAGAUCCAAACAAGGUCGUCCACCAGACGGCUCACUCCAAAACGAUCAUCGUCUACAGGACAGACUUUGUCCCGUACAGCACGAGGAUCUUCAGCUUCAUCCGGUCCUUCAGCGGGGACCCAAAGAGUGGAGACAGUGACAAAUGACGAUGGACACUGGGCUCGUCAGGAGCACCUUUUUAUCAUGCACUAUGAAUGAAUAGAGUAGAAUAUAAUAUAUAUACUUUAUUUGAAUGAAUGAAUGCUUUUGUGUGAGGAUAUUCUCUUUAUUUGGAAAAUAAAUUCCAGCGCACUAUCCAGGUCGGAGGCAGCUGACAUUGUGUUUGGAUGCUAAUGGUCUGACCCCCAGAUAUAUUUUAUUCUUUAUCUGCCAACGAUAUUCAGUGAUGUUACUGUCAGCUCCUGUCCACAAUAUAACUAAUGAUGUAUAAAUAAAUGUAAUCUCUUCAUUAUGUAAGAGGCUAAUAUGAAACUGUC